UAACCUUUAGGUAAUAUGGCCGAUCGGGUUGAAAGAGGCUGAUUGAGAAAGUGGGCAAACCCAGUGGAUGUUAUCGACCACCAUGGCCUCCACACCCUCCGCCUCUGCCCUGUCCGCUGUCCUCCGGUGUAGAGGGAAUAUCUGGGCCAGGAACCCGCCGACCAAGCGGCCUGCGUCCGCCGGCUACAGCCUCGGACUGGCCGCCGGAGCGCGACGCGACCCGCCGGCUGAGCGCAACCGGCCCAACCGUCCCUCGGCGUGGGAGGUGGGAGCGCUCGCGGCGGUCGGAGGGAGGCUGAGUGUGUCGUGUGCGUCCCCGCAGGCGGACGGUAAAGUGUUGAGAGGAAAAGAUUUCAGCGAGAUUAAUAAAUCAUAUGAUCCAGAACGCUCCCGCUCGGCGCCCGGUGUCCACAGCGCGCUGGUGCGUUCGCUGACCCGCAAACUGAGACCGAACCUGCCUGUGGUAGAUACAUGCUCCAGGAUGAUCCACGUGAUCCAAUGCGAAACAUAUGCUGCACACGUCUGUAACUUUAUACCUCUGAAGGGAAGCAGCGAGUGGCCGGCUGCAGUUUGGAAAGUUUCCAUAACGUCCCCGUGUUUAAAUGCAGGACAGUUGUCUCUGGUGCGGACGGGUCUAAAGAGUCCCCGCGUGUCUCUGACUGAUCUGCUGUCCCACUUCAUGUGUGUGAGGCUGCAGGUGGGGACGAGGUCUGAUGAUGCAACACUGAGUCCACAGGAGGAGAAGAGCCUCAACGACGACGACCUGCAGGAAAAUGGACAGAUCCUCAGCUCCACAUCUCUCACCUCCCCAGAGAACAACUGUGGACAGAGGGUCACAGAGGACAGACCCGACUGAGGGGGGGUGUCCAAGGCCUCAGCACCAAAACACACUUUGAACCCUUAUUUAUUGAUUUGUACUUCACAGAACUCAACAUCUGGACUUCAACCCAGUGAUCAAAGAAAACCACUGGUUGUUUACAGGGUAUUUAUUUUUCAUUAAGCUGUUUCAGAUGUUAUUCAGGCCACCUGUUGGGUAAUUACAUAAGGCAGGUUAAUUUAUUCUUGAGCUUACCCUCUUCUUUCUUUGUUUGGUACAAGACCCUGUUUUUCAUGAAAAUGUCACUUUGGAAACUGUAAAAAUGGUUUUCUGUACAUGUGAAAGAUAAUAAAAGAUAUUCCCUAUUA